AGCUGUUUAGAUGAGAAAUUUCCUAGUUAUGAUCCCUCGUCCUGCACAGAUACGGUUCAACAACAUCUUCAAGAACAACUGAAACAGUGUUGCCAUAAACGAUAUAGUGAUCAAGAAGCAAGAAUACAUAAGACACCCCUGAUCUUCAAACAUACAUGCUGGUACACACCUCUGCUGGAUGCCUUGCAUCUGGAUAGUCUUUCACUGAUUCCAAAGCUGUCAUUGGCACCUUUGUCAUGUAUAGCUAACCAAGUCCAUGCUUCCGGCGGAAGGCCCGAAGAUGGGAAAAUAGAGGAUGGUGCUUUGGAUGUGACUAGAAUACACAAGUUCCCAGGCCCUGCAAUUGGCCCCCCUGCAGGAACAGAGCUUCCCGGUUGCAUCGGGUUGAAUGAUGACCUAAGUAUGGAAGAAAAUGGUAUUGAACGCUUGUAUUCUGAGAGCCUGCCACAGUCCAGAGAAUAUUCCACACUCUCAUCUCCUGGACACACGUCAUCCACUGAGAGUACUGUAACUUCAAGUGAUUCUGGAUCAGAAACUUUGAAUAUGGCUUCUGGUGACCUUGACUGUAAAUCACUCUGUGAGAAAGAGAAGGACAGAAGAUCAUAUUCUGCUCUGAUAAAAGUCAAAGACGCAAGUCCAGCCCAUGAGAAUAUUGCACUCCAAGGCUCUGUGAAUGAAGACAAAACCAUGUUAAAUCUGGAAGCCAAAGAGGAAACAAAAACAAUAGAUGAGCCUAGAAAAGAAUGUGCUGCAGGAGAUGCUGCUGUUUCCUCUCUUCCUGUAACCACUGUGAAAACGGUUAACUUUAAACAAAGUGACAACACUUCUGCUAAUGAGAAGGAGGUAGAGGCUGAAUUUCUUAGAUUAUCAUUGGCAUUUAAAUGUGAUUGGUUCACCUUGGAGAAAAGAGUGAAGCUUGAAGAAAGAACCCGUGACUUGGCAGAAGAAAAUUUGAAGAAAGAAAUCACUAACUGUUUGAAGCUGUUGGAGUCUUUAACACCUCUCUGUGAAGAUGACAACCAGGCCCAGGAAACCAUGAAGAAGCUGGAGAACAGUAUAAUGUUCCUCAGCCAGUGCACAGCACGAGUGGCCAGUAGAGCUGAGAUGUUGGGAGCCAUUAAUCAGGAAAGCCGGGUUAGUAAAGCUGUUGAAGUGAUGAUUCAGCAUGUAGAAAACCUGAAGAGAAUGUAUGCCAAAGAGCACGCUGAGUUAGAAGAACUGAAGCAGGUUCUUUUGCAAAAUGAAAGGUCUUUUAACCCUCUGGAAGAUGAAGAUGACUGCCAAGUUAAAAAACGCUCAGCUUCUCUAAAUUCCAAGCCAUCAUCUCUUCGAAGAGUGACGAUUGCUUCUUUACCCAGAAAUAUUGGGAAUGCAGCCAUGGUGACUGGAAUGGAAAACAAUGACCGAUUCAGUAGGAGGUCAAGCAGUUGGCGUAUUUUGGGGUCAAAGCAGAGUGAACACCGUCCCUCACUACAUCGGUUUAUCAGCACCUAUUCCUGGGAAGCUGGUGAAGAAGAAAAACGUGAGCUGAAACCUAAAGAUGACUCCGAAGCACCUGGAGAAGAAACGGUAGAAAGGACAAGAAAGCUGAGUCUUUCGGAAAAGAGAAACACUCCAUCUAAAUGGGAUGUCUCCUCAGUUUAUGACACAAUAGCUUCCUGGGCAACAGAUCUGAAGACCUCCGUUGGGAAGGCUAAUAAGGCACUCUGGCUUUCUGUGGCAUUAAUUGUACUGUUUGCAGCUUUGAUAAGCUUCCUCACAGGCCAAUUUUUCCAAAAGUCUGUGGAUGCCGCUCCCACCCAGGAUGGAGACUCCUGGAUGUCUCUAGAACAUAUCUUGUGGCCAUUUACCAGACUGCGACACAACGGGCCACCGCCAGUGUGACUGUCGAACGUCCUAAUGUGUGUAUCUUGACUUUUAAACUUCCAGUAUCUGAAUUUUGUGAAUUAGUAACUUUUAGCUGGGAAAGGGCAGCCUGAAACCAGAGGUUCUCAGAAUGACUGCAAGAUUUUUAAAUUCCCUCUUUUUGUGAUGACCUCCCCCUGAGCUUUGAAGGAGCUUUUUGAGGAGGAGAUAUAUUAUAUAUUGUUUGUUAAAAAUGUAUUGAAAUAAAGAAUCAUUAAAACUUCAUAGAGUGAAAGUUAAAUCUCAGUG